GCCUGGCACCCUCUUGAACCAUCUUCUUCUCCCUUCUUAUAGCAACUGUUUCAACCUUCUCCACUCGAACUUACCAGAACUAGAACCCUAUCUUUCCCAUAUUCUCACGCUUACUUUUCCCUUCUUUACUCUUCUUCCCCAAUAAAAUUGCUUUAUAGGUCACUCGAUUCACACUCCUUCCGCUACUCAUGGCGACUACGCCCUCCUUCUCCGGUGUCCUCAUCAACGUUCCAUCCUCCACCUGCAUCGAUAGAACCGCAUUGUUUGUUCAACCUUCUCUCUCUCUCAAUUCCUUUUCUAAACCUAGGAGAACCACCUUACGCUCCUUGCAAUUGAAGACCAGGAGUAAUGAUGUUUUAUUGCUCACAAGGACGGGUGACAGGUUUGGUGGCAAGACCUCUCGUUCUUUUGUUGUUCGUUGUGAUGCUUCAUCCACCGGAAGGAUUACCCAACAAGAAUUCACAGAGAUGGCAUGGCAAGCUAUAGUGUCUUCACCUGAAGUGGCUAAGGAGAACAAGCAUCAGAUUGUGGAGACUGAGCAUUUGAUGAAAGCCCUGCUGGAACAGAAAAAUGGGCUAGCACGUAGAAUAUUCUCCAAGGCUGGUGUGGAUAAUACCCGCCUUCUUGAAGCCACUGAUAAAUACAUUCAGCGCCAACCAAAGGUUAUUGGUGAGUCAGCUGGCUCCAUGUUAGGGCGGGAUUUGGAAGCCCUGAUGCAGAGAGCUAGGGAUUACAAGAAAGAGUAUGGUGACUCAUUUGUCUCUGUUGAGCAUUUGGUGCUUGGUUAUGUGCAAGAUAACCGAUUUGGGAAACAAUUGUUUAAGGAUUUCCAAAUUUCGUUGAAAACCUUAAAGAAUGCAAUAGAAUCCAUCAGAGGGCGGCAAACAGUAAUAGACCAAGAUCCUGAGGGGAAGUAUGAAUCAUUAGAGAAGUAUGGUAAAGAUUUGACUGCUAUGGCAAGGGAAGGGAAACUUGACCCUGUCAUAGGAAGAGAUGAUGAAAUACGAAGAUGCAUCCAGAUCCUCUCCAGGAGAACUAAGAACAAUCCGGUGCUCAUUGGUGAACCAGGGGUUGGAAAGACUGCAAUUUCUGAAGGGCUUGCUCAGAGAAUAGUGCAAGGUGAUGUGCCUCAAGCUCUAAUGAAUCGAAAGUUGAUAUCCCUUGAUAUGGGUGCGCUUAUUGCUGGAGCAAAAUAUCGUGGAGAAUUUGAAGACCGACUAAAGGCAGUGCUGAAGGAGGUUACAGAUUCAGAUGGGCAGAUUGUUCUUUUCAUUGAUGAGAUCCAUACCGUUGUUGGGGCAGGGGCUACCAAUGGUGCAAUGGAUGCUGGCAAUCUCUUGAAGCCAAUGCUUGGUCGUGGAGAGUUGCGAUGCAUUGGUGCAACAACAUUGGACGAGUAUCGUAAAUAUAUUGAAAAGGAUCCGGCAUUGGAGCGCCGCUUUCAACAAGUUUAUGUUGACCAGCCUACAGUAGAAGAUACAGUUUCUAUACUUCGUGGACUGCGUGAGAGGUAUGAACUGCAUCAUGGAGUACGCAUCUCAGAUAGUGCACUUGUUGAAGCUGCAAUUCUCUCGGAUCGCUACAUCAGUGGACGCUUUCUACCAGAUAAAGCCAUUGAUCUGGUAGAUGAAGCGGCGGCUAAACUAAAAAUGGAGAUCACUUCAAAACCUACUGCACUUGAUGAGAUCAAUCGCUCGGUACUGAAAUUGGAAAUGGAGAGGCUGUCGCUCACUAGUGAUACAGAUAAAGCUUCAAAGGAUCGGUUGAAUCGCCUGGAGGCGGAGUUGGCUCUCUUGAAGGAGAGGCAAGCAGGGUUAAAUGAACAAUGGGAACAUGAAAAGAGCGUCAUGACAAAUUUGCAAUCUAUUAAAGAAGAAAUUGACAGGGUUAAUCUGGAGAUACAACAGGCGGAGCGAGAGUAUGAUCUUAACCGUGCAGCUGAGCUGAAGUAUGGGAGUCUGAACUCCUUGCUACGUCAACUUGAUACUGCUGAAAAAGAAUUGGUCGAGUAUAUGAGCUCUGGGAAGUCCAUGCUUAGGGAAGAAGUUACUGGUGAUGACAUUGCUGAGAUUGUAAGCAAAUGGACUGGCAUUCCGCUUUCCAAACUGAAACAAUCCGAGAGGGAGAAACUGUUGCACUUGGAGGAAGAACUACAUAAACGAGUAGUGGGUCAGGAUCCUGCGGUCACAGCUGUGGCCGAGGCUAUCCAACGGUCCAGAGCUGGUCUGUCAGAUCCUCACCGCCCAAUAGCUAGUUUCAUGUUCAUGGGACCUACCGGAGUGGGAAAGACGGAGUUAGCAAAAGCGCUUGCUUCUUACUUGUUCAACACCGAGGAGGCCCUUGUACGGAUUGACAUGAGUGAAUACAUGGAAAAGCACGCUGUUUCUAGAUUGAUAGGCGCUCCUCCUGGAUAUGUAGGGUAUGAGGAAGGAGGACAGUUGACAGAGACAGUACGCAGAAGGCCCUAUGCUGUUAUCCUGUUCGAUGAGAUUGAAAAGGCUCAUGCUGAUGUAUUCAAUGUGUUCCUCCAGAUCUUGGAUGAUGGCAGGGUAACUGACUCACAAGGUCGAACCGUCAGCUUCACCAACACCGUCAUCAUCAUGACCUCAAACGUUGGUUCACAGUACAUACUAGACACUGAUGACGACUCCAUGCCAAAAGGGCAAGCUUAUGAGACCAUAAAGCAGAGAGUGAUGGAUGCAGCAAGGUCCGUCUUUCGUCCAGAGUUCAUGAACCGGGUUGAUGAGUACAUAGUCUUCCAGCCUCUGGACCGCUCACAAAUUAACAGAAUAGUCUGGUUACAGUUGGAUCGGGUACAGAAGAGGAUAGCAGAUCGGAAGCUAAAGAUUGUGGUAAGCGAAGCUGCAGUUGAGCUUCUAGGAAGUCUUGGGUACGACCCGAACUAUGGUGCUAGACCAGUGAAGCGGGUGAUCCAACAAUAUGUUGAAAACGAACUUGCAAAGGGAAUCUUGAGAGGAGAGUUUAAGGACGAGGACACCAUAUCGAUAGACACAGAAGUCACAGCAUUCUCCAACGGUCAACUUCCCCAACAAAAGCUAGCCUUCAAGAGAGUCGACUCAUCAACAGCUGAUGCACCCGAGGGUCAAGAAACACUCUCACAAACUUACAGAGGUUAACAUGAUGUCCACAUGUAGAUGCAUAAAAUUAUACUCCAGAUGUUCGACAACCUCAUAAUAAAUGCUUUAUGCUAUAUUGAAAUCAAAUUACCUAAGCUAUGCUACCGCUA